CCUGCUCUCACAGUAGUUGUUGUCUUGUUAUUCCCAAGUUUCUGAACAGCAGCUGCUUCCUUCUGGCACAGCUUUGGAGCCAGCAGAUACCACAGUUGGGAAUUGGGAUAGGAGCUUUGGAGCUUUCUCUUUCCUGGACAUGUGCUAACAGAGCAGCCGUCCCACAGACUUUUCUAUGCCCAGUGCUCCCAAGGAGCCAGUUCACACCAGUUCCAAGGGUUUUACAAUUGUGUAUAUGCAGUGAAAUCACUUUAUUGCCCAAUUUCCGGGAGUGGGUGUUUAGGAGCUGCAAGCAGUGCCUGCCCAUAUAAUCCCUGGCCUUGUUUGUGGCACUGGCAGGCUGGAAGCCAGCGAUGCCACGCUUCAAGUGGGUUGUUUGCUUGUUCAGCAUUCCUGAUUGUACCUGAUAGCACGUUUGGUGUCAGUGCUUUCCUAUUGGUGGUUUGCAGGCAGCCAGGGCAAAUAUUCCCGUUUUCCCCUGCUGUCAGGGCAUUGCUUCCCACGUGCUCCAGAGCUGAGUUUCUGGAUGAGAGAAGCAGGUCCGGCGGAAAGUCCAGAACUUUUGGGGCAAUGCCUGGCCAGCCACAGAGACAAGAGAGGCAGGAGCCCCUGCGCCAGCACCCCAUGGACCCACUCUCCCUGGCCACCCAGGGGUGGUCAUUGCAGUGUUGGCUGUCCUUCACGCUAACACCACUCUUAAUGCCCUGAGCUGGGGGGUAGCCUAACCCCAAAUCCCAGCGCUGGAGGUGGAGCGGUGCCAUGGGGCAAGCCCAACCAUGCCAACGGCGAGCUGGUGUCAAGAGGAACAAUCUCGGGUUACAUGGCCUCAUACGGAAAUGAGUGGGUCUGCGGGAGCCUGAUAAGGUUUCCACUGUUGGUGGCCAGGGCAUAUUAAAGGGGAGUGUCGGGGCAGGCUGCUCAUCCCCGGCAGCCUCCCUGCAGCAUGGCAGGGCCGGGCGGUGAGGGGGAUCUGCGGCGCCUGCUGAAGCUGCACCGCACCGAGAUUGCCAUGGCAGUGGAUGACAUCUUCCCACUGCUGCACGGCUUGGCUGACCACGAUGUUGUCCCUGAGCACAUCUUCAAGGAGACGCUGAGCCAGACGGAGCGGGAGGGUUCCCACCGUGCCUUCCAUGCACUGCUCACCUGGCUGCUGGGCCAAGAUGCUGCUGCUGUCCGGGACUUCUGGGAAGUGCUCUUCAAGGACUACAACCUGGAGUGCUACACACGGCUCCGGCCCCUCCGUGGUGCCUUCCCCAGAGAGAUGGAGCUGGGGCACCAGCACCGUGGCAGGCGUCUCUCCCCCAGCCCCAUAGCACCGCACAGACACCAAGGCAAGAGGAGAGCCCCUGAGGAGCGGGAUGGAGCCCGAGCCGUGCAGCCCUCCCCACGGCACACUGCCAGCCCUGGGCCCCUGGUGAAGCUGAGGACUGUGAAGAAGCCAGAGGGUGUGGAUGCCUCUCGUGCCCCUUGUGGUGGUGCCCUCCAGGCAGCGGCCACCUCUGUGCAGAGAGCAGUGGCUGUGGCAAGCAGUGAGGUGCCUGUCACUCAAGGGGCCAUCGAAGGCACCCUCAUCAAACACACACUGGAACCAGGCAGCUCCAAGGUGGGCAGCAAAGCUGGGGACGAGCUGUAUGCUGCAGGCACCUGUGAGGAGCCGGGUGCCAGGAGCAGAAGCCGCAGCCUGAGGCCCCCUGCCCGGCCCAAGGCAUCCCAAAGUGUACAGACCCCCCACCACCACCUGCUUUCCCCCCCAGCUUCUGCAGCUACCCGAGGCUGUGGCAGGGAGCUGUCCCUGCCUGGCAGCAUGACCAUGGCCUGGGGGUGUCCCCCCAUGCCAGGCUGUCCCAGCAGCUCCCCCAAACCCCUUGCUUGUCUUUCCUGCAGAGUGGGGAGCCCCAAAGGCACCCCCAGGACCACACAGGCAACCUGGGGCUUAGCUGCCAGCCGUCACAAGGCUACAACUCCUGAGAAACAGGCAAUUCCCACCCCGACUGGAGCUCUGGGGUCCCUCGCCAGCAUGAGCCCCAGCAAUACUGCAGCCUUCUUGGCUGGUGGUGACCCCCUGCCCGCUCCCCUGGGGCAGGAGAACGAGGACGAGUGUGCAGUGUGUGGUGAUGGUGGCGAACUCAUCUGCUGUGAUGGCUGCCCCAGGGCCUUCCACCUCGCCUGCCUGGUACCCCCGCUGCCCCGUGUCCCAAGUGGGACAUGGCAGUGUGGCUCCUGUGUGGCAACUGCGGCUGAGUCAAGCGGGCUGCAGGAGGCAAAUGCAGCCGUGGAGAGAACCCCAGUCACCCUGGGGGAGGAAGCACGUGGACCCCAGGGCAGCGGAGGUGAUGGCGGUGUCUGCAGCCGCUGCCUCACCCAGAUCCCUGCACCCCGACACUGCUCUGCACCCAACAGGGACCCCAGGAGGCUGCUGCUAUGCCCAUCCUGCGUGACCACCCCAGACACAAGCAGGCUGGAGAGCACCACAGCGGCCAGCAACCACCCACUACAGGCAGCAAAGGUUGGUACCACCAGCAACCAGCCCCAUGGAGGGAAACAGGCUGGGUGAGGCCGCAGUGGUGGGUACAAAGGGAAUGAUAAGGCUGAGGAAUGUUAUCUCAGGCUGGGUGAGAGACUGGCUGAGUGUUGCUGGAGGCAAGUUAGUGAA